CACACACACGCUGCUGACUGAAGGACGGGACCCGGAGCGGCUGUGAGGCGUUCAUGGCCACAACAUCUCCCAGAAGAAGACCCUGCCCCUGAGACAACCUGUGUACCAAAUGCGUCCUGGAAAUUAAUACCCGUAUAUGCUGUAUUUUUCUUUUUUUUCUUCUCUCCGCAAACGGAAGUUUCUGUCACCGAUUUUUGAUUUAUAGGCUGCAAACAUGGACGAAGACAACCAAGUUCCUGAGGACCUUUCUCUGGAGGAGAGAGAUGAGCUGUCCAACAUACGACGCAGGAAAAAGGAGCUGCUGGAUGAUAUUGAACGGCUGAAGUUUGAGAUCGCCGAGGUGAUGACGGAGAUCGAGCAGCUAACCUGUGUGGGCGAGAGCAAAACCACGCAAAGAAACAAACAGAUCGCCAUGGGCAGGAAGAAGUUCAACAUGGACCCUAAAAAGGGGAUCCAGUUUCUCCUGGAGAACGAUCUCCUGCAGCACACCCCGGAGGACAUCGCUCAGUUCCUCUACAAAGGAGAGGGGCUCAACAAAACCGUCAUCGGGGACUACUUAGGGGAACGGGACGACUUCAACAUCAAGGUCCUCCAGGCGUUUGUGGAGCUCCAUGAGUUCGCAGACCUCAAUCUCGUCCAAGCCUUGAGGCAGUUUCUGUGGAGCUUCAGACUUCCUGGAGAAGCUCAGAAGAUUGAUCGUAUGAUGGAGGCGUUCGCCUCCAGGUACUGUCAAUGUAACCCUGGAGUCUUCCAGUCCACAGACACCUGCUACGUCCUGUCGUUCGCCAUCAUUAUGCUGAACACAAGCCUGCACAACCCCAACGUCAGAGACAAGCCCCCCGUGGAGCGCUUCAUCUCCAUGAACAGAGGGAUCAACGAGGGGGGGGACCUCCCAGAGGAGCUACUCAGGAAUCUAUACGACAGCAUCAAGAGCGAACCCUUUAAGAUCCCAGAGGAUGAUGGAAACGACCUGACGCACACGUUCUUCAACCCAGACAGAGAGGGCUGGCUGCUCAAAUUAGGGGGCCGAGUGAAAACCUGGAAGAGAAGGUGGUUCAUCCUGACCGACAACUGCCUCUACUACUUUGAAUACACAACAGACAAGGAGCCUCGUGGGAUCAUCCCUCUGGAGAACCUCAGCAUCAGGGAGGUGGAGGAGCCCAGGAAACCUAACUGUUUUGAGCUCUUUAACCCCAAUCACAAAGGCCAGGUGAUCAAAGCCUGCAAGACGGAGGCAGAUGGACGCGUUGUCGAGGGCAACCACGUGGUCUACAGGAUAUCUGCGCCCACGCCGGAAGAGAAAGAAGAGUGGAUUAAAUCCAUCAAGGCGAGCAUCAGCAGAGACCCCUUCUACGACAUGCUGGCCACCAGGAAGAGACGCAUCGCCAACAAGAAAUGAAGAAGGACCAUCUUCUUCUUGUCCACCUCCUCCAGCUCCUCCAUCUUCUCCCC